GGACCGCGUCGAAGGUGCGUCCGCAGUGCAUCCGUUGCUUUUCACGGUGGACGAGCGUAAUCGGAGCCCCCGUCUGCCGCGACAAAAUGCCAAAAAUUACCCUGUCCAUUCUGUGUCUCGUGACGGCGGUCUUGUUUAAUACAGUCGAACGAAGUCUUGAAUAUGACAUUCCGCGGAGGAGCUUCCUGUCACGCAGAGCGAUUGACGGAACUAGAGGAAAGAAGUACUUCGAUCCGAACGAGGACGGAGGAUUCGACAGCUACGGAUCCGCGGGCGGCGAAUAUGAUCCAUACGAUUACAUGACAGAUCUGUCUGACAUCAGAAAAAAUGUGCCGGGCGAGCCAGGCGUCGACUAUCCCGCCUACACGACAUUACCUCAGACAGGAUUUACGUGCGAAGGACGCUCACGUGGUUAUUACGCGGACGAAGCGGCCGGCUGUCAGGUUUUUCACGUGUGCCAUGAUGUGUUGGUAUCCUCCUUCCUGUGCCCGAUCGGUUCCACUUUCAGCCAAAAGCUAUUGACCUGCGACUGGUGGACCAAGGUCGACUGUUCCGCCAGCAACAGAUACCUCGAAAGAAAUCGCGACAGUUACCAGAUUGACGACGACGAGAUGAUCCGCAAAGCGUACGCAAUGAUUAGCUUGCAGUCCUCUGCGGAAGAAGUCACCAAGGACGGUCUGGUGGAUCCCGAUAGCGGUGCCAGGAUCGUUGAUUACUCCUCGCUCAGUGGCAGAAUUAUAAUGGACUUUUUGCCCGGGGGACUCCACAGGAUCGCGAAUUACGCCGCUGUCGACGCGACGAAAAACGAUUUGCCGACUGGAUUCGAGGAUUAUCCUCAGCAGGACGAGCGACGAAUCUUCAAUUACGAUCACCAGCAGCAGAAGAACACAAAUCCGGCGUAUCAUCAAGGCAAACUACACUUUGAAAACAAGGAUCGAUCGCCUUACCAUGCUUCCCUGAUUAUUCGACACGAUUAUCAGGAUCGAGUCGGCCACAACGAAUUUCAGGACGACUAUCGCAAAUCCGAUAACAGAUUCGCCAAUCGUUUACAAACGUCCUACGCGCCCACAGUUCCCACUGUUACUACGACCACUCGGAGAUUCUAUUCGCCUACGGUGCCGACGACCUAUCGACCUUCCACAUUAGCAUACAACAAGCUAGAUUUGAUGGUGGACAAUUCCGAUCAUCUUUAUGCGCGUAGCGUGACUCCUCCCUCGAUUACUCGUCAAAAUAAAGACGAGAGAGGCUCUGAUUUGAGAGAAAGAGAAAUGGGAUUCAAAGCUCCAACAAGAUCAGAAAGUGGCUCGUUAUCGAAAACGGAUGUGGACGAAAAGAAUACCAGCUUUGAAACUGACCAAAUGCAUUUCAACUUUGAGGAAAAGUCGGAAACGAAUUUUCGGACCAACGUGACUGAUGCGAUUGAUGAAGAUGUGCAGAUAUUCAGACAGCAAAAUGAUAAACCGAUCAUCAAACCCGAUAGCGAGGAUAGCUUGGAAGACAUUGAAGCGAGAGAUAGCAUCGGAAUCGCUCAAACGUUGAAUAAUCCACUCGGUAGGGUUAUUAUACAGAAUCAAAAUCCUGUAAAGACCGAGCGAGCAAGUCUGACGACUUCUAUUCUACCGCAAACAAUUCUAAAUCAUUCUUCGGGAUCGUACGAGAAAGAAGAAGACUUGAACUCGCAGAUCCCGAAGAAGUCGGAUAUUUUCAAUGAGACGAGCUAUGAUCAAUCAGACGAAAAUAUCACGAGUUCAACGAUGAAGAAUUUCGAGGAGACGACGUUCAUGAGAAACUUUGGCGACAAGACGACUCCGUUGGUGAGAAACCGGCAACAAAAUAUUGAGGUUGCAUCAACCAUUUCGGCAACUGCAAAACCUACGAUAAGUACGACUAGAAGAAGCGUUGACGAGAUUCAUGAUGCUAUCAUUCAUCCUUCAUCUAAUGACAGUCGCACAUCCGUAGACCAAAACACAUCAUCAGCUAGUUCGAGUCCCAAGGACAAUUCCUUAUCCAGGUUAAACUUUGGUUUCGAGGUUCCUCAACCAGCGCAAUUUUUGAAACCUCCAGCGGAAAGCUUCCUCAUUAACAUUCCUGAAGAGACGCAUUAUAUCGACGAGAGUUCUUCUUGGAAUCCUGGGUCGACAAACACCGAGAUUCCACAAUUUUCUGACACAUCUAUUGCGAACAAUCAGGAUCAAUUGCCGAUAUUCAAAGUUGAGCAGGUCGAUUACACCGACGAUUUGUCGGAGACACCUAAUUUAGGGAUUCAUCUAACUGUUCAACCUAUCUCUAAAAUAUCCACUUCCAUUCCGUGGCUCGUUGACGUUCCCGUGACCGACAUUGUUCCACCGAUCGUUGAUUACAAUGAUGGUUUCGGUGAUUUUGUCCCACCAAACGAACAUUCAUAUGCGACACAAUUUGAUAGCACGGAGGACUCGGAAAAGACGGAAAAUUCCUCGGCAACUCCGAAGAAGAAUAUCAGCGAGGCAGAAACUUUAACACAGUAUAACACAGAAUUCCAGUUUACCAUCAGGGAUGCUGUCAAGGCUCAACUGGGCUCGAGAACGAAUUCCAAAGCUGUUGCUUCCGAAGUUGCAGUUUCCACGCCAAGUGUAGAGGCGAAAACGAUCUCGAUUGGUACAAAAGCAACCCGGAGGACUUCAGAACGUUUGAGCUUUUCGAGUACCAACAUGCCAGAAAAUUCGGCGACACUUAUUCCCGAAUCUUUGACUUCUACCGCGCAAUCUCCGAUCAGUAAUAAUGAUUAUGCCGAUGUAGAGAAAUCAAAUCUGGAGAUUAACGUUUCCGAAGAGGAAACAAAGGAGAACGUGACAGGGAGUAAUCUAUCGCGCUCGAUCCAUCUAGAGUCUUUGAAGCAGAUCGAAGAGACGAUUGAUAAACAUAAUUCUCCGUACGAGGUAUCUAUCUCAAUCAAGAAGGACGAAGAUUUUGAAAACGACCUGACUUCGAGAUCAUCAGAUCGAUUCAACCGGAAGAGGGUCGUUAACAUUCCGAAGCUUCACGAUGUUAAUCGUGCGUCUUUGAACAAUAAAGAUGAUAAUGUUCCCGUUAUUGUCGACGAUGCAACUGGUCAAUUCAAGCAAUCGAAUUCAAAUGUGAGUAUGUUGAAUCUCCUCCAGUUGAUGGCUGAAUUGUUAAAACUGGAUCGGUUGCCGCGACCAUUCUCGGCAAAAGAUCUACGAAGCACCGAGCUCAGGAAUUCGUUUAACCUAGACCUCGAUGAACAACCAGCUACGACGAGUCCGCUAUUAAUUCCUUCGCAAAGAACGCCGUUCAAAAGCGCAAAGUCCAAGGCAUCUGCCUUCGAUACGUUCAAAACACCCAUCAAUAUUGCCAAAGCAAAGACAUCGCUGAAUCUGGACCUUAAUGAGCCAUCAUUCAUUACGACAAGUCCACUGGAAACUGGAAUACCAAUCGAAAAUGCAGAUUCCCAAAUAUUUUUUUCUGAAGACACUUUGAAAACGUCUAUUGACGCCGCUAUUAAACCACCUUCUGAUGUCUCCUCCGGAAUAUAUUCUAAUAAUGCAACAAAAUUGAAGACGAAUCAGUCGAAAAUAGAAAACCAGACUGCUCGACCUCUUCAGAAGGAGAAAAUCCUAGAACAACUGACGGUAAACUUUGGGCAACCUCGGUACCGUGGAAAUUCGAUCCGGGGACCACUCGUCUUCGAUUUGCCACAAGUGCAAAGAAGCUUGGACUUUGAGACUGGUUUGCCUAUAGAAGAGAGCAAGCAACUAAUCAGCGAAGCUGAAGAAAAAAGUUUAGCAUCCUCUACAACAGAAGUGACGACGACGACGAAGAAAUCGACUACGACAACGGAAUCCGUGAGAACCAUCGUCAAGACCGAGUUUGUUCCUUCUCUUGGUUUCUCUCUUGAUACCAGUGAAGGUCGCGAGGAGUACGUUCAGGCAGUUCUUGGAGGAUUGAUCGACGAGCGCGCCAAUAAAGGCAGCAAGGAUGAAUCCGGCAGUGAAAAAUUAACGAACGAAACUCCGAAAAAUGAAACUUUGAGUCCCGAACAGAAAGACAUUUAAAAAAUAUCUCAAGAAUAUGAAUGAUUAGGAAUAAUUGUAUCUCUCUUGGCUGAUCAGUUUUGUCAAUAUUAAUUAUAACAUUAUUAGUUUUUUACCUUGCAUAAAAUUACAAUUAAGAAAAAAUAAUUAAAGAUUCAAAUUAAUUGAAAAAAAAUGAACUCAGUUGAUGUCUGUAUUAUUUAAAGAAUGACAUAACGACAUUUUUCAAUAUAUUAAUUGAUAUAUAAAAUAAAAGUGAACUUGAUUUGAUAUCACAGCUAAACAAUGGGUCGAAAAUUGAUAAAUUAUUAAAAUAAAUGAUUAGUAAAUAUGCACACGUCUAAAGUCACAUUAAUUU